AUUUGUAUUUUGAUUGCAAAAUAGAAAGGAAAAGUUUUCUUUCUUUUUUGUCUAUUAAACGCUUCUCUAGUUAAUUUUUUAAUAAACCUUAACAAAAAAUGGAAAUCCGAAGGCAUAUCUAGAAAUUCAUUAAUCAAUCAAAUUCCAAAAUCAUCCUCUGAUUCAGUGAAACAAUUGAAAGUUAAAAGAAAAUACAUUUUUAUUUGGAACGCUUUACUUUUGACAACGUACGCACAAAAUUUAUCUUUCGCAAUUUUUCUUGGUCUUGGUCUGUGUGUUGAAAAAAUAACUAAUCAACUCGAAUUGUGCAAAGAAAAGAAUUUGGGUUUUGAAUUGAAUUAAAUUUGUGUGGCAGAGUGUUUGCUGGAAAUAUGGGAGAUUCGAUCGCUGCCACAGUUAAUGACCAUGUUCUAGAAGCAAUAUUCUCGUAUUUAAGCCUGGAAGACCUAAGGAAUUGUUCACUUGUCUGCAAAAGAUGGUAUCGCUUCCUCAACGAUGAAAACAAUGAUGUCUGGCGAAUGCACUGCAUAGGCAAACUAGCCGAGGAGGCACUCAAAUCGGAUGUCCUGUCUUCUGUGCCCACCUACAAAUCAAAACUAAGAGCAUUCUUUUAUGCCUGGAAUCCAAAUGACUGUUCUAGGAAUGUUUAUAUCAAACCAAAUGGAUUUACACUGCAUCGUAACCCUGUUGCACAGAGUACAGACGCAGCGAGAAGUAAAAUAGGAUUUAGACAAGGACGCCACGCUUGGGAAGUUAUAUGGGAGGGUCCACUUGGAACAGUAGCGGUAAUUGGAAUCUCAACAAAGGAAGCAGCCCUACAAUGCCACGGGUAUGUGGCAUUAUUAGGGGCAGACGACCAAAGCUGGGGAUGGAAUCUUGUCGAUAACCAUUUACUCCAUAAUGGAGAUGCACAGGGCAACUAUCCCCUGUUAAAUAAUGCGCCAAAGUAUCAGGUGGGUGAACGAAUACGAGUCAUCCUGGACUGUGAUGACAACACUCUUUCGUUUGAAAAGAAUUACGAAUUUUUAGGAGUAGCGUUUAGAGGUUUGCCGGACAAAGCACUUUAUCCUACUGUUUCAGCGGUAUACGGUAAUACGGAAGUUUCCAUGGUGUAUCUGGGUCCACCAUUAGACGGUUAAAUUAAAAUAAUAAAACAAGCUAUAUGUAAUUGCAAUAGGUCUAUAGGCAUGUUGUAUCAUGCAACAGUUUUUUGCUACUCUCGCGUAUUUGCCCCGAUCACAUUACGACAUAAUUAUUAUUUUUUUUUAAAUUAAGAACAAAUUAAAAAAAAAAUCUGCAAGGCAAAUUCAAAUAAAAAAAGAAAAAACAUAACAACAUAACACAACGGUUAACAUACAAACAUAAUAUAUUUUAUAUACACAGUUGCAGAACAGAAUAAGUAAAAAAAGGAAAAAGUAGAAUAAUUAUUAUUUAGUUUAUUAGUUUUUAUUUUUAUUGAAAACAAUGACAAACUAGCGCAUUACGAACCGUGUACAAUUUUAAGUUUUAAAGUAUUAAAAUAAUUCAACGGAAGCUUUCAAUAAAUAUAAAAGAAACUAUUUAGGAACCUAUAUAAUUUUGUUUUUCGUAGGAUAAUUAUUUUUGUUUACAAAAACAAAAAACUAUGCCCUCUUCUCUCUUAUACAUUUAUAUCAAUUGUUAUUUCUUUAUUUUAAUUUUUCCAGCACUGUUAUUUUUUUUAUUUGUUUAAAUAAUAAUUGUACACCUGAUUAAUUUAUAAUUUAUAAAUAAUGGUAGAACAGUUGUCGUUAUUUUGUUUAUGUUGUCUGUAAUUCUGUAUAUUGGUGCUAGUCAAUACAUAAAAUCACCCCCUCCAAAUGAUAAAAAUAAAAGAAAAAACCAAAAUAUUAUAAAAUGAGAAAAAAUCAUGAUUUUGUACAAAAAGUGUAUUUUAUUCAAAUUAAUUUUUAAACUACAUACAUCAAAUAAAAAUCACCACAAGA